AUGGCCUCACCUGAGAAUAAGAAAAGGCGGAGAAUGUCAGCAGGAAAUAAAGACAAAGAGAAUGACAAGAGCAGCACAGAAUCGCUCUCUCAGCCACCGAUUUCCGGGGGCAGAGCAUUCGCACUUGAGCUUGAUAAGGCGGUUGAUGAGCGCACGCAGCGGAGCAGCGAGGAGGCUGAGCGUCUCAAGAAGGAGUUGGAAUUCAAGGAGGCUACGAUAAAUGCCCAGUCGCAGUCACUAGACAAGAUCAAGAACGUUCUUCAAUGUUCAAUAUGCAUGGAAUACAUGAUUGAGCCAUACGGCCUCACAUGCGGUCAUGUCGCUUGCUUUUCCUGCUUACACUCGUGGUUUACCCGCGAUACUAACGGCAACCCGCGUACUGCCAAAGUCUGUCCCAGCUGUCGCGCCCCUAUUCGCUCGAGACCGAAUGAGCUCUUUAUCGUCAAGGAGCUCGCGCAAAUCACCGCUGCCGCGCACAGUGAAUCUCUCGAUGUGCCACCCACACGCAACGGCGAUGUCUGGGCCAAGGUGUUCAGACCAGGCGGCGAGUACCAGCCAGUGAUGGAUAGAGAAGAUGGUGUUAUGCGCUGUGGCAGGUGCACAGGAGAGCUCGUCGGUGGCGUUUGUACGCAAUGCGGAGAACUUUAUACUGAUGCAGAGUCCGAUGAAUGGAGCGAAGAAGACGGCGAAGAGGAGAACUCGAGCGAGGACGAAAUGGCCACUCGAGUUACAAAUGCCAUGGAAUCUGCGUUAGGGCUUGAAAGUAGGUCUAAUAGGAGAGAUGAACGUGGUAAUUGGGUCCAGGAGAAUGGCGAGGAGCAUGAUGAGCAUGGAGAGAGCGACGAGGGUGACGAUAGUGGCAGUGAGCGGGAACGCGUCAGGAAUCUACUCACAGCUACCGACCGAGUGAGGAGAACGUGGGACUCUUCAUUUGACAGACGCAACAGCCAAGAGCACCCAGAAGAACGCUCUGACCACUCACACUCAAAUUCAAACUCACCAUCAUCUCAAUCACACUCAAAUACCCCAGUAUCAUCAGUAUCAUCAACUUCACAAAGACUCUCGCCAGCGAGUGCCUUUUUUGGCGUGUCAGAACGGCCGGGCUGGGAGCGAUACAACGAAGAUGAUGAGGAGGACGACUUUAUCAACAACAGCCGUAACGAUGUCGAAAUCGCGGAUAGCUGGUCGAAUGUUGACGCUUCAGAAGAAGAGGCACUAAGCACAGAUGAAGAUGAUGGGAAUAUUAGAGAUGACGCAGAGUCUCAUGAAGAAAACCACGAAAAACGCCACGAAUAUGACCAUUGGCUGCCUAACCAAGCUGAAAGUAGCUUUAGUGCCUUUGCCCCUGCUCCGCCCAGACGCAAGAAGGUUAUCAUCUCAGACGAGGAUGAUGAGUGA